ACUAGGCUGACAUUCUUAACCUCCCUGGGUCUAUCAGAGAAGACUAAGCCAUCAUUUUGUCUCCAAAUUGUGGAAACCAUCCAGAACUGGCUGGAAGACUCAGGGGAAGGCCGAGGCUCAGGUGCCCACAUGAUCAGCACAGCCAGGGUAGCUGCGGAAAAGCCAGUACGCAUCGCCUUCAGCCUUGAUAAUGCCUCAGAUGAUGCACCUCCUGAAGACCCCAGUCCGCUGGUCUUCCCGGAUUUAGACCAGCAGCUGCAGCCUCUGCCACCUUGCCAUGACUCCAUAGAAUCCAUGCGGGUGUUCAAACAGCACUGCCAAAUAGCAGAAGAAUACCAUGAGGUGAAAAAGGAAAUCGCCCUGCUUGAAGAAAGGAAAAAGGAGCUCAUCGCCAAGUUGGAUCAGGCAGAGAAGGAGAAGGUGGAUGCAGCUCAGCUGGCUCGGGAAUUCGAGGCCCUGACAGAGGAGAAUCGGACCCUGAAGUUGGCUCAGUCCCAGUGUGUAGAACAACUGGAGAAACUUCGAAUACAGUAUCAGAAGAGACAGGGAUCGUCCUAACUCAUGAUUCAGUGUGAGCAGAAGAGGUCAGUGCUGCCCUGUGCCGGCCAAAAGAUUUUGAUUUGAAAGGGAUAGUGAGUAAAACCGAUGACUUCUCUGUCACCCACAGGACAAACAUCUAUAACGUGUUUAAUGCUUGCCAGAUUUAGUUUGAGAGAAAGAAUAUUUUAAGUAAACUAAUCAAAGUCAGCCUAUUACCAAUCUAUGUUUCUAGAGAUCAUAAUUCUUUUCCAAAGCUUUUUUUUCUUAUUUAGGAAAAUAUGAUCAUAUUGUAUAUCAGGGGAGAAAAUGAUAAAAAUAGACUGUUAAGUGACUCUGCUAUAGGUCAUGAGUUAAACACGAUUAAGUCAUGAAACAGAGCAGUGAGAUCCUCACUGCAGUUCCACAUCUGUGUCUUGAAAUUUCUUAUCUUAAACAUUUCAAUUGUGCUCACCUCCGAGCUGUCAGAAACAUCUCUGCAUGUAGACAUGGAUGGUCACCGGCAUUAGGUUUACUUCUUGCAUGAUUGAUUGUAUUAAGAAUAAAUGGUUGUAUAUCAUAAAAGCUAUCUCAUGAAAAUAUUAGCAGGAAGCAUGUUCGUGCCAAAAGUGCAUUCACCAGUGCUAACUUGCUGUUGUAAUAAAAAGCAGAUAAGGCUAUAUUUUCUCCACCACAUGUUACCUCGUAGUAAACACCUCUGCCUUUGCUGGUGUGUGUUCUGGAAGCAUGCAGGAAAUGGAAAAAUAUUGUUUGGCUAUUACUUUGGUGAAUUCCUGUGAAAACCGUAAGAUCGUAACUAUCACUGUUUUGGGUUUAAGGAGAUGUUUUGGAUCAGUAACAACUCAUAGGAAUCUAUGAGUAAAUUCGGGAUUAAAAUAAUUUCCCCCUUGUUCUACCUAUCACCAUAUUUUCCCAAAUGGAUCUCUUUGCUUUAUGUCCAUUUCUAUUCAUGUAACUUCUUUUUCAUUAAACAUGAAUCAAAACUGUCUGUAUUUUGUCAUUUUCUUAACCUAUGUUGUGCUAAAAUUGGGAUCAGCUAAUCCUGGAAGAAUUUGUUGUUAGUUGUAUCUGAUGUGCCAAAAAACUGGUAAAGUUCCUUUUGGAAAGACUGGUUUCUCAUAUAAACAACUCAGCUCUAUUACUGACUAUGAUGCAUCUUAAGGUAU